CCCAAGCUCCACGCCUUUUUUCGCCCUCUCGCGUCUCUCGGACCAUCCCCUCCCCCACCUCGUCUUCUACACACCUCAAACCCUAAUCCUCAUCCUCUUUCUCCGCCUCUUCCUCGUCCUCCCGUCUCCUCUCCCCCCCCUCUCCCCUCUCCCCUCUCCCAAACCCUAGCACCCUCCCGCCGUCGCCAUGAUCCCCUUCUCCCCAACGGUCUCUGCCCAGAUCCGCUUCCUGUUGCAGAGCGUGAACGACUCCAACUUCAAUUCGAUCUACAACGAGUUGCUUCAGUUCGCUGAUUAUGGAAAUGAUGGAAACAUUUUAUUGCUCCAAAUCUGCUUAGAUCAACUAGAACUGAAUGGUGGGGAGAUUCAUAAUUCGCAGAUUAAAUGGGACCUGCUAUCUGCCAUUUUUAGAAAUUUGUUGGAAAGACCAAAUUUUACUACAGGUUUUUGCGAAGCGCUAAAUGCAGAAUCAAUGACUGAUGGCUUCCUGGAAGGCCUUUCGAAAGCGUUUAAACUUUCAAUGCCUGAGAGAAUUGGUAUUGGGCUUGCUUUGUUCGAUUCUGAAAAUUCAUCUUCGCGGAUGAGAGGGCAAAAUUUCUGCAUUGCUCAAAUUGAGCAACUCUGUGCAAAUCCCACUUCUACCUUGUCUAAUGAGAAAAUUCAGGACAUUGUUAUGUUUCUUUACCGGAGUGAGGGCCUUUCAAAGCACAUGGAUUCUUUUACAAACAUUUUGUCUCUGUUGGAACUUAAAGAGAGCUCUCUCUUUCUACCAGCUCCAUGGAUGAAAAAUGAUACUCAACCUGUCAAUCCGCUGAGGCAUUUGGAUCUGUUUUUUGGGUGCCAAGACAAUGAUUUUGAGUCUCUUCUGGCUGAAAUAGAGGAGGAAAUCAGCAUGGCGGACAUAAUGGCUGAAUUGGGUUAUGGAUGUACUGUUAAUGCCUCUCAUUGUAAAGAUAUGUUAUCUCUUUUUCAGCCACUUAAUGAGACAACAAUUUCUAAGCUACUUGGUGCAAUUGCUCGCACUCAUUCUGGUCUGGAAGAUGCUCAUAAUACGUAUGCAACUUUCUGCUCUGCUGUUUGCAGCAGCUCAGUUAGUGAUUCAUCUUUGCUGAACGCAUGGAAUGUUGACGUUCUAAUUGACUCGAUUAACCAACUUGCACCUAAAAUAAAUUGGACACAUGUGAUGCAAAACCUGGAUCAUGAAGGCUUCAACAUUCCGGAUGAAGCAGCAUUCUCUAACCUGAUGUCUAUAUAUACUCGUGCAUGCCAGGAUCCAUUUCCGCUUCAUGCUGUUUGUGGGUCUGUUUGGAAAAAUGCAGAAGGCCAAUUAUCUUUUUUGAGAUAUGCAGUGUCUGCCCCACCUAAUUUAUUCACAUUUGGGCACUGCUCAAGACAGCUGGCAUAUGGUGAUUUUGCAUAUCUUAGAAAUAAGCAAGGUAAUCAGGCUUGGUUCUGUCUGGAUCUUCUGGAGGUCUUAUGCCACCUAGCCGAACGAGGCCAUGCCAGUUCUGUUAGGGCAAUUCUUGAGUAUCCUCUUACUCAUUGUCCCGAGGUUUUAAUGGUUGGAAUUGGCCAUAUCAAUACUGCCUAUAAUCUCCUCCAAUAUGAAGUGUCUUCUCGUGUAUUCCCCAUGCUACUAAAGGAUUCUACAAAAAACAGCAUAAUAGACGAUCUAUGGGGAGUUAACCCUAGUUUAGUCUUGCGAGGAUUUCUUGAUGCUCAUACUGAUCCUGACUGCCUUCCCAGAAUUCUUGACGCUUGUCAAGAGCUAAAGAUCUUAUCAACUGUAUUGGAUGCAACUCCAUUUCCGUUUAGCAUCAAAUUGGCUUCCAUUGCUUCUCGAAAGGAGCAUAUCAAUCUUGAGAAAUGGUUGAGUGAAAAAUUAAGUGCACAUAAAAAUGUUUUUUUCGAGGAGUGUGUUAAUUUCUUGAAAGAAGUUCUAAGUGAUGUGACAAAUGACGUUACAGAGAGUAGUCAACAAUCACGAUCUCUUCUGAAUUAUUACCAAGAGACAUGCUCUAUAUUUUUCAAGGUUCUUCAAGCUCAUUCAGGACAGUUUAUUGCCAACCCGCAUCUAGAAGAAUUAAAGAGGCUUCAUCUUGUAUCUAGUCCCACAAACGUAGGUGCUAUGGCAACAGAUGUAGCAACUCCAGAUGGGAGCUCAGAUGAUAUAGAGGUUGAGGCAAAUAAUUAUUUCCAUCAAAUGUUCUCUGGACAGUUGAGUAUUGAGGCAAUUGUUCAAAUGCUUGCACGCUUUAAAGAAUCUUCUGACAAGAGGGAGGUGAAAAUCUUCAACUGCAUGAUUGCAAAUCUGUUUGAAGAGUACAAGUUCUUUCCCAAGUAUCCUGAUAAACAGCUGAAGUUAGCUGCUGUACUCUUUGGUUCCCUUAUAAAACAUCAGCUUGUGACUCAUCUUGCACUUGGUAUUGCUCUACGUGGAGUUCUUGAUGCCUUGCGUAAAUCUGUUGAUUCUAAGAUGUUUAUGUUUGGUACCAAAGCCUUGGAACAAUUCUUAGAUCGUUUGGUGGAGUGGCCGCAGUACUGUAAUCAUAUAUUGCAGAUUUCACAUUUGCGCGGAACACAUGCUGACUUGGUUUCUGCCAUUGAACGGGCGCUUGCUAGGGUUUCAUCCAGUCAGGCGGAGGCCAAUGGCGGUAAUCCCCUACCAGCUGAGCAACAAAGUUCUGGGCCGGCAUCCAUUGAAAGCAUUGAUGCAUCUGAGGCAUCAUGGCAGCUGUUGGGUUCAAGUGCCCCCCAUUUAGGGCAACAACUUUCUUCUUUCCAGCCGCAACAGAGACAUCAAGGAUUUCUUGGUGACCGACUUAAAGCCUCUGCAACAUCUACAAGUUAUAGCAAACCGCUGUUAGCUUAUUCUGGGCAAUCUUCGCUUGUUUCCACAGCUGUUGAUUCUGCUACUAAUCAGAAGGCAACUGCUUCUCAAUCUCCUCAAGCCCCUUCCCAUCAUUCAGUCACUGUGCCCACUGCUGUAUCUUCCUCUCCUGUUUUUCCUCGCAGUCGAAGUUUUGCAACCACAGGUAUGCCUAGGCAAACUUCUUAUGGCACGGGCUUUGGAGCUGCUUUAAACAUUGAAACACUUGUUGCAGCAGCUGAACAAAGAGAUACUCCACUUGAGGCUCCUUCUUCAGACAUCCAAGACAAGAUUUUGUUUAUGAUUAAUAAUAUUUCGACUGCCAACAUGGAAGCGAAGGCAAAAGAAUUUACUGAGGUAUUGAAGGAACAGUAUUAUCCUUGGUUCGCGCAGUAUAUGGUCAUGAAAAGGGCCAGCAUUGAGCCAAAUUUUCAUGAUUUAUAUUUGAAGUUCUUAGACAAAGUAAAUUCAAAAGCAUUGAAUAAGGAAAUUGUAAAAGCGACUUAUGAGAAUUGCAAGGUGCUAUUAAGAUCGGAUCUUAUAAAAACAAGUUCAGAAGAGCGUUCCCUGCUUAAGAAUCUUGGUAGCUGGCUUGGGAAGUUCACAAUUGGUAGGAAUCAGGCAUUACGAGCAAAAGAAAUAGAUCUAAAAGUGCUGAUAAUAGAGGCAUAUGAGAAAGGAUUGAUGAUUGCAGUGAUUCCAUUCACCUCAAAGAUUCUGGAACCUUGCCAAUCGAGUAUAGCCUACCAGCCUCCAAAUCCCUGGACUAUGGGCAUCCUUAGUUUACUCACUGAGAUCUAUAAUCUACCAAACCUCAAAAUGAACCUGAAAUUUGACAUUGAGGUUCUAUUUAAAAAUCUUGGUGUUGACAUGAAAGAAGUAAAACCGACUUCACUUCUUAAAGAUAGGAGUCGUGAAGUGGAGGGGAAUCCAGAUUUUUCAAACAAGGAUAUUGGUGCAUCUCAACAACCAGUCAUUGCAGAAGUCACACCAGGGAUCAUGCCUCCAUCAAAUCAUGUUGAGCUGCAGUCUGAGGUCAAUAGUACUUCUCGAACGAGCCUUCCAAAUAUAUUGAAUCAGUAUACUACUAUUCAUCUUGCUUCAAAUACCAUGGGUGAGGAAGACAAAGUCGGGCCUUUGAUAAUUCCUGAACAUGUUCCAUCUGCUCAGGGCUUAACCCAAGUUACCCCAUCCCCAUCUCCAUCACCAUCCGCAUCCCCAUCCCCAUCCCCAUCUCCAUUCUCUCUUAGUCAGCUUCUGACAAUAAUUCCUGACUCUGAUUCUUAUAUCAAUGUUAAUCCAAAGCUUAGUUCUAUGGGUUCGCAGUCGCAAUUUCACAGGAUUAUUCAACUGGCUAUGGAUAGGGCCAUCCGAGAGAUUGUAGCUCCUGUUAUUCAGAGAAGUGUAACUAUAGCUAGCAGAACGACAAAGGAACUUAUCUUAAAGGACUUUGCUAUGGAAUUGGAUGAUAGUACUAUAGCUCAUUCUGCGCAUGUAAUGGUUGGCACUUUAGCUGGAAGUUUAGCCCAUGUCACUUGCAAGGAACCUCUUCGUGUCUCUCUGUCAAAUCACCUUCGAAGUCUACUUCAGGCCUUAAACAGUAACAAUGAAAAUAUCGAGCAGAUUGUUCAGAUCAUCACCAAUGAUCAUCUAGAUCUUGGGUGUGCAAUGAUUGAAAAUGCAGCAUCAGAGAAGGCUGUGGAGUUGAUCGAUGGUAUUAUCGGCCAGGCUUUUUCUGCCCUAAGGAAACAAAGGGAGGCAGCUGGCGCUGCAUAUUAUGAUGCUAUUACUUAUACUCAAGGUGCAUUUACACGUGUCCCAGAGGCACUUCGCCCUAAACCUGGUCGCCUGACUCCUGCCCAACAGCGCGUCUAUGAUGACUUCAAGAAUAUUUGGCAAAACCAGUCUAGUCAGAAUGCAAGUACUGGGUCUACUGGCCCACCUGUUAUGGGUGGAGGUUCAGUUAACUCCGGUCUACCUCGAGUUUAUUCAACUGCAGCUCCGUCGAGCACCUCCAGCAUAUCUACUUCUCAAGUUGCUCCAUUUAGCUCAGUUUCUCAGCCAUUAGAUUUGAUCACGGAUGUGUCAGAUCGUGGUUCUAUGCAGCUUCUUAGCACCACCUCUCAAACUGGAACAAAUGAUACGCCUUUUCAACAGGGUGGUGGAAUCAGUUCUAUUGUUUCUCCAAUUCCUUCUGCUGUUAUUUCCAGCGAUCUGCCAGCAGCAGACACUACAACUUUGACUAAAGAGUUUGGGACCGUUGUACCAUCUUCACCUACAACUACUGCAGACCGCCUGGGAACAACUGUUUUACCUGAAGCAAUGUUGACUACAGGAGAAGCAUUGGAGAAAUACCAACAAGUUUCACAAAAGAUGGAAACUUUGAUUGCUAAUGAUGCUAGAGAGACAGAAAUUCAGGUAGUUGUUGCUGAGGUGCCUGAUAUCAUACGCAAAUCUGUAAGCCGAGAUGAGGCUGCAUUGGCUGUGGCACAAAAGGUGUUUAAAAGUUUAUACGAGAAUGCAUCCAAUGCUCUCCACAUAUCCUCCCAUCUUGCUGUUUUAGCCUCGAUACGGGAUGUUUGCAAGCUUGUAGUUAAAGAAUUAACUAGCUGGGUAAUUUAUUCAGAUGAAGAACGAAAAUUUAACAAGGAAAUAACUGUGGGCCUUAUUCGUUCAGAGUUGCUAAACCUUGCGGAGUACAAUGUCCAUCUCGCAAAACUUAUUGAUGGUGGAAGGAAUAAAGCUGCAACAGAGUUUGCCAUAUCCCUUGUCCAAACAUUGGUUGCGCAGGAACCUGGAGUUAGCAUGUCAGAAUUGUAUAAUCUGAUUGAUGCCCUAGCAAAGUUGGCAAUGAGGCCGGGGUCGCCGGAGUCAUUACAACAGUUGAUCGAGAUUGCUAGGAAGGCUGCACCUAAUUCCAAUGCUAAUAAAGAUGAGAAAGCUCGACAGUCGAGGGAUAAGAAGGCUCUAUCUGGUCGUUCUUUGACGAGCAAAGAGGAGUAUAAUGAUAGUGCAACUGCUGAUUCUGCUGGUUUCCAAGAUCAGGUUGCUAUUCUUUUUUCUGAAUGGUGUCAGAUUUGUGAUCAUCCUACAACAAAUGAUGCAACAUAUAGUCAUUACAUCUCGCAAUUGAAUCAAAGCAGUUUACUUAAGGGUGAUGAUAUCACGGACCGUUUUUUCCGUAUUUUCAUGGAGCUUGCUGUUUCGCAUUCCCUAGUGGCUGAGCAAGUCAUGACUCCAAGUGUGAUAUCACUUCAUUCGGCUCAACAGCUCCAACAAGUCUCUUAUUUUUCCAUUGAUUCAUAUGCAAAGCUUGUUGUCUUAAUUUUGAAGUACUCUUCAGUGGAUCAAGGAUCAGUGAAAGCUAUUCUUCUUCCAAAGAUUUUGUCGGUAACGGUGAGAGUCAUCCAAAAAGAUGCAGAAGAAAAGAAACUGUCUUUCAACCCAAAACCAUACUUUCGAUUGUUUAUUAAUUGGCUAUUGGACCUUGCUUCUCCAGACCCUCUCCUUGAUGGUUCUAACUUUCAGGUGUUGACUUCUUUUGCAAAUGCUUUCCAUGCUUUGCAACCCUUGAAAGUUCCUGCUUGGAGCUUUGCAUGGCUCGAGUUGGUGAGCCACAGAAGCUUUAUGCCUAAACUGCUGAUGUGCAAUUCUCCGAAGGGCUGGCCGUUUUUCCAACGCUUGCUAGUUGAUUUGUUCAAAUUCCUGGAACCUUAUUUGAGGAAUGCUGAGCUCGGAGAGCCGGUUCACGUUUUGUACAAAGGCACUUUGAGGGUUCUGCUUGUGCUACUACAUGACUUUCCCGAAUUUCUUUGCGACUAUCAUUUCAGUUUUUGCGAUGUGAUCCCCUCCACUUGCAUCCAGAUGCGCAAUGUAAUUCUUAGUGCGUUUCCCCGAAAUAUGAGGCUCCCUGAUCCAUCUACUCCUAAUUUGAAGAUUGAUUUGCUGGCUGAAAUCACCCAAUCCCCGAGGAUUCUAUCUGAUGUUGAUGGCGCUCUUAAGGCUAAACAGAUCAAGACUGAGAUCGAUGAUUAUCUCAAGACACGGCCAGAAGGAUCUCCCUUUUUAACUGAGCUAAAACAGAGAGUACUGCUUCCGCAGAGUGAGGCAAACGUAGCAGGAACUCGGUACAACAUUCCUCUGAUCAAUUCUCUUGUGCUUUAUGUAGGCAUGCAGUCAUCUCAGGCGAUACAGCAAUUACAGAGCAAGUCAACUCCUCAACAUGUACCUGCUCAACAGAUGAGUCAUAAUCCUCCUAUGGAUAUAUUUCUAGUCGGUGCGGCUAUGGAUAUCUUCCAGAGCCUCAUAAAGAACCUGGACACCGAAGGCCGCUAUCUUUUCCUUAAUGCAGUUGCGAACCAACUGCGAUACCCGAAUAACCAUACGCAUUACUUUUCGUUCGUCCUUCUGUACUUAUUUGCAGAGGCGAGCCAGGAAAUCAUCCAGGAGCAGAUAACAAGAGUGCUCUUAGAACGCUUAAUAGUAAACCGCCCUCAUCCGUGGGGGCUCCUUAUAACCUUCAUUGAGCUUAUCAAGAAUCCACGCUACAACUUCUGGAACCGGUCAUUUACUCGGUGUGCACCAGAGAUUGAGAAGUUAUUUGAAUCAGUGUCAAGGUCGUGUGGUGGUCCUAAGGCUGUGGAUGAUGGAAUUCUCUCUAGCAGCGUGUCAGAUGGCAAUCACUGAGAUAUUGGACUGUAUAUUUCUAUUUGAUGAACAGAAAUUGAAAGAACAUUUGUGAGACUUUUGUAUGCUGGUUGUUUUUUUUUCUUCUCUGUUGUAUUUAUUUGAAGUAAAACUGGAAUGGGGCAACAGUCAAACCCUUCUCGUUGUUCGUCUUAUCGGAGCACUUCUUAUGCCUGAAUUGAUUUAUAAAUGUCCUUCCAAAUAUUUAGCUUUCGGAA